AGACAACGAAGAAGAAAACCCGGAAGUGUUUCCUCUGUCGGCUCCACAUGUACGCAUGUUGUUUAAUAUCAGGAGAUACUUACAAAGAGAUGAAACCGUGAAUUGAAAAGUUGAUUAGUUCUGUAGCUUGUUAAAGAUCAGUCUUUAAAGCACUUAUAUGUGCAUGUCAGUAGUUUACUGACCUGAAGGUUGUUCGUUGUUUCCAGACUCUGUUGGAAGAUGCUGAGUGAAACCGAGGCUGCAGAGCUGCUCUCCUUCCUGAGCCCCGAAACGCGCCCCGAUGUCAAAGGUCAAACCACAGAGUACAUCCUGGGGAUGUCUGGAAACCGGGACGGCUGCCGCUUCCUCCGCUCUAAAGCUGACUUGCUGCAUGCUGUGUUUGCUCUGACCUCUGACCCCUCUAUUGCCAUCGUGAAGGACUGUUACCACAUCCUCAUCAACCUGUCGGCUGACGAGACUCUGCACCAGGUUUUGGUGGCGGAUGUCAAAGUUCUUCCCGUCUUGUUAAAGAAGCUUCUGGAUCCAGAGUACGUGUUCGCUGAUCAGAUCUGCAGCAUCCUAUCCAACCUGACCCGCCACACCAAGACCUGCAAGACCGUGCUGAAGGUCCUCCAGGAGGAGGCCGGCCUGUCUCAGCUAGUGACCAUCUUCUGCACCGAAGGCUACAACAAGAAGGCAAAUUUCCACUAUCUGGGUCCGCUGCUGUCCAACCUGACGCAGCUGCCCGAGGCCCGAGACUACAUGAUGGAUAAGGACAGGUGUGUAAUCCAGAGGUUGUUACCCUUCACGCAGUACCAGGCGUCGGUGGUGAGGAGAGGAGGAGUCGUAGGGACGCUGCGCAACUGUUGCUUUGACCACGCACGUCAUGAGUGGUUGCUAAGCGACGCCGUGGACAUCCUGCCCUUCCUCCUGCUGCCACUGGCCGGUCCAGAGGAGCUGACGGAGGAAGAGAACGAAGGUCUGCCUGUGGACCUGCAGUACCUCCCGGAGGACAAGAAGAGAGAAGACGACCCCGACAUCAGGAAGAUGCUGCUGGAGACUCUGUUAUUGCUGACGGCGACCGGAGGCGGCCGGAACGCGCUUAAAGACAAGAGCGUGUAUCCCAUCAUGAGAGAGUUCCACCGCUGGGAGAAGGACGUCCACGUCACUGCAGCCUGCGAGAAACUGGUCCAGGUGCUGAUAGGAGACGAGCCGGAGCAGGGGAUGGAGAACCUGAUGGAGGUGGACAUCCCCGAGGACGUGGAGGUGAAACUGAAAGAGGCCGACGUCAAGGAGCAGGAGGAGCUGGAGAAGGAGCAGGAGGAGAUGAGACAGGAGGAGGAGAAGAAGAAGAGUGACGCACCGGGGACGGACAAAGGACAGGACGAUGGACUAACGCGGUGAAGCCUGUUUUAAGACGUGGCUUCGUCCGCUGAAUCUGAGAGUUAAAUGUGCUUUAUUCACAAAGAGCCACCAGGCUUCAGUGACGUCCUCCAGCUGGUCCCAAAGAGGAAGUGACAUCACUGCAACGGUUGAAGUGAAGGUGGGGAAUGACGUGAGAAGAGGACGAGGGUUUUUAUGUCUCUCACAGGAAGCUUCAGUAAAGGAUUUUGCAACUUAUCUGCCUGUCGGGGGCCUGAAAUAAAGUUGUGAGGGAAAAUCUUGAUGCUUCACCAUCUGUUGAAGUUCCCUCCUCUCCAAGGUUGUUGUUGUUGUUGUUUUCCUCCUGUGUGCAAAAGCACCAGCGGGAAAGAAAUAUGUUGCGAUGCGACUUAUGUCAGACCAAUUUCAACAACUUACAAAUAACUUUCAUUUUAAUAAUAGAUUAUGAAGGACAAAGGUGUCUGGUGUCUGAUGAGCGUCGGUGUGCAGUGACGCUCGGCGCCCACAGGGGGGCGGAGUCACUUCUCUGCUCUGCAACCAGCAGGAACGCACCUCAAAACGAAAGAAUGAGCAUUUAGCACCUGACAAUGUGACAACGGCAUAAGUCGAAUCAUCUGAGCUUCGGUGUAAAUUUUGGUUUUUGUUCCCUGUUAACUUUUUUUGAGUUUAAGUUCUGAUGAAUUGAGCUCGUUUCUGAUGGAAGCAGCUUCAUGUGAGCACAGAGAUCAGGCCUUCAAACGUUAGACAAGUGAGUGAGACUGAAGAUAAAACCAGGAACUAAC